GUCUCGAUCUCUCUAUACUUUCCCUUUAAGCUUGCUCUUUUUACAGAAACUAUAUCUAGCGGGCUCCAACUUGUCGACGGGAGUGACUGGGAGAGCGCGCCGGAACAUUUCUUGAUGAUGGCCUAAGCUCUGCGGGGCAGCGACAACGCCAGCUGUAGCUUGUAAUCUGACCAGGUGCCUCAUUGUUGGAAUCUGACUUCAGCUAAAUCGCUGGACCACAGCUGCUCUACCAACAUGUACAGCCAGUCCACCCUCAACAGCAUCCAAAAAGCAGUCUGGGACGGCAAACUUCCCCUCCAGAUAGAACUCGCAGCCUCAGAGAGUCGAACAUUUGAUCAGACAGACCCAUAUCUCAUCUCCUGCCCCCGGAUCUCUUAUCUCCCAACACUGCUCCCAAGGCUCCACGCCUUCUUCUCAUCAUCACUGAUCGACCCGAUAUCUAGCCCUCACGAUGGCUGGCUGUCAUUCGAAGGCGUGCCCCUGAAAUGGCACCUGCCCAUUGGUCUCCUGUAUGACCUCUACGCGGGCGCAGACCCCGCCUCGAAGGGCGACAGGGACGCAUCCGAGGACGCGACUGAACCCCCCACCGAUGACACCGCAGGCGGCUCUUUACCCUGGCGGUUGACGGUCCAUUUCAGCGACUGGCCCAAUGAGGAGCUUGUCCGGUUAGACGCGAACGGCAUGGUCAUGAACGACGCGUUCAUCAACAGCGUCAAGGAGGCGGAUUUCCUGCGCAAUGGCACAGCAAAGAAAAUUAUGAGUUUGUCCAAGGAAGAUAGCUCUGGUCUGUGGAUGGCUGUCGAAGAGGUCGACCUCCCCUCCUACCAACGGAUAUCCAACAUCCUCCUCCCCCCACCCAACCAACCCUUCCGCAACAUCCCCAUCCGCUUCUUCCUCCCCCUCCCCCCAGACUCAGGCUCGCCAUCCCUCAAAAUCGUCCAGUCCCCCGUCCCCCCGUCGCUUCCCCCCUCCAGCAUGGCAGCCAGCCAGGCUGCGCUAUCGCGUGGGAGUCCCGCCCCACAGACGCAAACGAUAGGAUCCGCGUUGCACUCGCUUCUCCCGAAUCUUUUCCCCAGUCGGCGGACGCCUGUGCUGGCGAAGCCCGUGCUGCAUGGUGCUGCUGUGCCGAUGUCUGCGCCUGUUGAGGAGGUGGUUAGGAGUUGUGCUUAUGGGGAUGGAUGGCUUUAUAUUGUUAUUCGAAUGAUGGGGUGAUGACUGCAUACUGAGCAUGUUGAUAGCGGGCUUUAUCUUUAGUUGUCGGUAUAUUUUGCAUUAAGGCAUACAUCUCAUCAAUGACGCUUGAUUGACAUGAACAUGUUGUAUUAGCCUAGAGACUCGAGUGUGGUGAGC